AUGGAGUUCCUGUUUGGAAAAAGAAAGACUCCAGAGGAGAUGCUCAGACAGAAUCAGAGAGCAUUAAAUAGAGCCAUGAGAGAUCUAGACAGAGAACGCCAGAAACUGGAGCAACAGGAAAAGAAAAUAAUUGCUGACAUUAAGAAAAUGGCCAAACAAGGACAGAUGGAUGCUGUAAAGAUCAUGGCUAAGGACUUGGUGCGCACAAGACGAUAUGUCAAGAAAUUCAUCAUGAUGAGAGCCAAUAUUCAAGCUGUCAGCCUUAAAAUCCAAACCCUCAAAUCAAACAACAGCAUGGCGCAGGCCAUGAAAGGAGUCACCAAAGCUAUGGCCACCAUGAACAGACAGUUGAAGUUGCCACAGAUUCAGAAGAUCAUGAUGGAGUUUGAGCGCCAAAGUGAAAUCAUGGACAUGAAGGAGGAGAUGAUGAAUGAUGCAAUUGACGAUGCAAUGGGCGAUGAAGACGAUGAAGAGGAGAGUGAUGCCGUGGUUUCUCAAGUUCUGGAUGAGCUGGGUCUGAAUCUUUCUGACGAACUUUCAAACCUGCCUUCUACUGGAGGAAAACUUUCAGUUGCGGCUGGGAAGAAAGCUGAACCGCAGGCUACGCUGGCGGAUGCCGAUGCUGACUUGGAGGAGAGGCUGAACAACCUCAGGAGAGACUGAGAAUGAAAGGACUCUAUGUAAAGGUUUUGAUUCGGAACUGUUUGUGCAAAGCUGGCUUCACUAAAAUGUAGACUGAUGCAAAGAAAAGAGGGCGGAUGUGAAUGAUGUCUGUUUUUUUCUGACAUUAGAUGCGUCCUUUUAAUUUUACUGUCUUCUUUUAUGACAUGUGGUGUAUAAAUAUUACCAAACGCUUAACCCAAAUGAAGAUGCAAUGCAUCCGACUGAUCUCAAGCCUUCCGUUUAGACAAAUCAUUUUCUAAAGGAGACCAAAUCAACAAAGAGUCUGUUACCCCAAGAAUCCAACUUGAUCUUUUGAGGAAACAUUAACACUAAGUAUUUCAUUACUAUAAAAACUGGUUUGCCACACAUCAUAUUUUCAUUUUAAUAAACAAUGUUGAUACUGAUCUUUUUUAUAAAUCGUGCAAAAUGGAGUCACUCCAGUUUUCAAUCUGUUCAUAUAAGAGUACAUCAGAUGAUUACCUUUAAAAUACUAUCAUGAUCUUCUAAUAAUAUAUAUCUUGAUCUUUUAGUGGUAAAUACCUUCGUAUAAUAAAUGUGGUGGUUUAUAUAUAAUUAUUUUUUUCUCAAAGUGAUUGAAUCACUAGUUCUUACACCCAGGCCUGAUCCGUAAACAAUAAACCUUCAUAAACUCUUAAGUUUUUGCACUGCAACAUCUAACAAUAACUUUGCUCAUUUAAUUAUGAAAAAAACUUGGAAGCAGUUACAAAUUAUGCUUUUAUCACAAAAUAUUAUUAAUGAAAAUUAAAAUGAAAUAUUAGUGUAUUUAUCUUGUGGUGAAUCAAAAGAGGUGGUAUAUUUUGAAAAAAAAAAAAAGUAUUUCUUGUUAUUUUGCUUUUUUUUGGUUCAAUAAAUAUUUUUCACACUUA